CAGUAGCCGUUAUAUAUGGAGUUACAAGCAGUGUUUUCAGACUAGCUUUUCUGGCCACGGAUGACUAGCGUCACUCUAGAUAUAAGUAUACAUACGAGUACAUAAACAUUCUGUAGAUACAAGACUUUUGCGAGGAAUAAGUACCUGCAUAGAGCUGUUUACAGGACCUAGCAUCAAGUAUGGCGGUGGCUUCGGACUUAUUUAACGAUAAACUCUUCAGGCAGUUGGCGUUUUACACUGUCGUCGUUUUCGUGAAGAUGACAGUAGUGCAGAUGGCCACGACGUUUUACCGGCUCACGAAGCACAUUUACGCCAACGAAGAAGACGUCAAAGGAUUUGUCGGCGACAAGAAAGACGUUGCCGUGGUAACAAAUGAUGUCGAUGUAGAGAGAGUUAGGAGGUGUCAUCAAAAUGAUUUGGAAAACGUUAUCCCGUUCAUCAUACUGGGGAUCUUCUACGUUUGUAGCGGACCAAAUCCGUUCCUGGCAGCGAUGUUGUUCCGGGUUUUUGCAGCUUCCCGGAUCUUCUACACCGUCGCGUAUUUGGCGCCAUUACCCCAGCCGAGCAGAACGCUUAUGUUUAUGAUUGGGCUUGGAGUGAAUGUCUUCAUGGCCGUCAAUAUCUUCUUUAGUUCUUCCUUCUAAAGAAUGAAAACUACCGAACGAUUAUCGCUUUUUUUUUAUUGAUCAUUCAGUAUUUCCCGUCUAUACAAGUCGUUUAAGUUGUGUAAAACAUCAUCAUUUUCUGCUGUAGCGCUCUAAAGCUUGAGAACUAUGAGCACAACUACGCGAAAGCAGUGACGUAUGACGUAACAGUACACAGCUUUAUCCACUUGUUUAAGGCGGGAAAUGAUCUCUAUUAAAAAUAUAAUAAACAGAAGUAUGCAAUAGCCCAUUCGCAACGUCCACAGUAUCCAUUUGCACAUUUUCCUAACCUUUUGCAGAAAUUGCGCCAUCUAGUGUCUCAGUCGUUAUAUCUGAAUUCAUUCAUGAGCAAACGGACAGAUGAUAGGCAUAUGCAAUUUCAUGUUAGAUCUAUUACAGGUGAUGUAUAAAUAAACUUUACUUACUAAAGCAGUAUUCCACAGAGCUUAGUGCAUAUGUACAAACGUGCUAACUAGAGAAGACACGGAAGAGACAGUUGAGUUACCCCAAAGAUACGACGACAGUGUUAUAAUUAGUAUCUUGUUAAGCAUGUCUGGUGAAUUGCGGUCACAGGAUAGUUUGCUGUCCAUGAUUCCGUUCACAACACUAAAUAAUAAUAUUCUACCUGCAAGUAUCUGGGCAUCUCACCCCGACUGGCAAAUUGUAAUCUACAUGUUGCUUGAAUUAAAGAACCAUCGAAAGUAUAGUUUGAUAGGUGAAACUCAAGUUACGAUACAGUUUGCAAACAGGCUGUACACUACCAUGGCUUCCUUCAUCCAUUAAACUGCCCGCCAGAGUGUAAGUGAAAAAUUGUAGUAUGGCGUUAAACGACAAUAAAUAAAUAAAUAAACACACAGUCAGAUAUUAGCUGGUGAUGUUCCCUGUUUAACGACAUGCAUGAAACUGGGCAAAUUUUUGACUGAAACCGUCUGUAAACAUUCCGAAGUGGACCCAAGAGGUGCAGAAGACUUGCCAGUAUAUUAGCUUUGUUCAUGAAGUGCACAACUGUAUAUAUGCUUUUGUUUUUAAAACAGGUUGGUAUAUCUGUGAUGUACACAUGUCAUUUGAAUAAACCAUUCGUUAUUCUUGUUA